AAACAAAUCCGAUGUGGCCACUUAAUCUGGGUAUUUGUAAGGCUCCCACUCCACUCUGAAUUUGUAUAUGUCGUAGCGCGUAUCUCUCUAUAGUUAGUUUGGGCUUCUAAAUAUACCGAGAUCGACCGGUUGCUUUUGCCUUACUGUUGUCGUUGUAAUUCAAAGACCAAACCAAACCAAACCGAAACCAAACCAUAACCAGUGCCAGUGGUAAUGUACUUCUUCUCGCGGUUUGACGUUUUGUAAUAUUAUGCGCCACCAUGAUGGUAUCGCGGGUGACUGUCUUUUUGCAUUCAAUUAAGGUUUAUGGUGGAGCAUUUUCAUUUGUUUGUGUUUUAUUAAAAGGUUUCUGGAACAUUCAACCAUGACGAUCAAACAUUUCUGAAAUAACUUAGUCAUAUGAAAGUGAUGCCAAAAUUAUAAUAAUUUUCAUAAGGACAUUAAAAUAAAAUCAGGCAUUCGGUUAAGUGCAUAAAACAUUUGUUCAAACACUCGGAGUACUGACUCAAUUGAGUGAGUGCGUCAACAAAAGCCUAUAACAACGCGGCAGCAUUAAUUUGUUGAUAUUGAUUAUUAUUUCCCAUCAGUCUGUGAUAACAUCUCAACUCGAAUAGAAGUGGAAAACGGGCAUAAAUCAUAUCAAGCUUUUUUUGGAUAUCAUAACGAGAUAGUGAAUAAUAAAAUGGUUAACAAUCGCAGAUUCAACGAUAAAGAACCAGCAUUUGGAAUACGUCAUUUACAAUGUGCUCUUAUAUUUUUUGGACAGGCAGUUGCCUAUAUGUUACGUGUAAAUAUGUCCGUAUCUAUUGUGGCUAUGACAGACAAAACAACAAAUUCUGACUUUGAUGUUUUCACGUGGUCAGAAAAAACAAAAUCACUCAUACUCAGCAGUUUCUUUUGGGGUUACGUAAUAACCCAAGUUCCAGCUGGACAACUUGCUCAAAGAUAUGGAGCAAAACUAGUUCUCUUUUGGGGAAUAACAAUAUGUUCAGUCUUAGCAAUUCUUACACCAGUAUGUGCCCGUCUCGGUGGAUCACCGUUAGUUUGUACACUACGUGUUAUACAAGGACUUUGUCAAGGAUGUCUUCUACCGUCAACACACAAUUUGAUAUCCAAAUGGGCUCCAGUAGCCGAACGUGGAAGACUCGGUACAAUAAGUUACUCUGGUGGACAAUUUGGAACCGCUCUGAUGCUAUGCAUAAGCGGAGAACUGGCCGCAUCGAUAAUGGGCUGGCCAAGUACAUUUUAUUUCCCCGGUGGAGUUGGAAUAAUUUGGGCAAUUUUAUGGUAUUUCUUCUCAUCAAGCUCGCCAGCUGAGAGUCAUUUAAUUUCAGAAGAUGAGAGAUUAUACAUUGAAAUGAUACCCGCCAAUGGGGUACCAAAUAAAAUAAACGAUGAGAAAAAACCAAAGCUGGUAACACCGUGGAAGGAAAUUUGGACAUCAUGUCCAUUUUAUGUCUUGUUGUUUGUUCAUUGUGCCAAUAAUUGGGGUUUCUGGACAUUAUUGAUUGAAAUUCCCACUUAUUUGAAGAAUGUUAUUGGAAUGGACAUAAAAAACAGUGCACUUUUGUCAUCAUUGCCAUAUUGGGUGAUGUUUUUGCUCAGCUACUUUUUCCUCUUUUUAUCGGAAAUAUUGGACAAGAAAAAGGGUAGAGAUUUAGCCUUUAGUCGAAAAUUCUUCAACUCAAUGGGACAUUGGGUACAGAUGUUGGGACUUAUUGGCUUGGGUUAUGUUGAUGGAAAUAAUCCCACAAUAGCUGUAGCACUUUUGACACUGACAGUUGGAAUGAAUGCAUCAUGCUAUUUGGGCUUUUUGAUCAAUCAUAUUGAUUUGUCACCAAAUUUCGCUGGAACUUUGAUGGGAAUUACAAAUGGAAUAGCGAAUAUAAUGAGCAUUUUUGCUCCCCUUACUGUUGGGGUCAUUGUAGAUGAUGAGAAAGACCCAGCUCAAUGGAGGAUCAUAUUUUUAAUAGCUGCUUCCUUCUUCUUUGUGGGCAAUUUAAUGUUUGUAAUUUUUGGAAAAUGUGAAACUCAACCCUGGAAUGAGCCGAAAAUAACAGAUGAAAAGAACAAACUAAAUGGUCACAAUACAGUCAACGUAGAAGCACAGCAGUGAGAUUAGGAGGCGUUUUUAUUUUAAUUUUCUUUAUAUUUUUUUUUAAAUUUAAGUUUAUGUUACGUACUCAACUGCAAAAAAAAAGUGUGAUCUAGUCAUAAGUACCUUUAGGUUUUAACAGGUUUUAAUAAGAUAUAUCAAUAGGAAUUAAAUUUAAAUAAAAUAAUUUGACAUAAAACAAAAAAAAAAAACAUUAAAAUAUUUUAAUAGCACAAGUUUUGUUUAAGAAUUUAUUAAAAAAAAAAAAAGUACUGCCAUAUGCGUUUUUUAACAUAAAUUAAUUUAAUUUUGCUUAUAGUUAUAAUAA